CUCGUCGGAUCUACCGGGCACUCGUUUUACCCCUCCUCCCUUGUGUAUACAUACUUAAUUUUAUAAUUUUUCCCUUUUGACACCAUCGUUUGUCAUCAUGAAGUUCACUGCCUUGUUCACUCUGGGUCUGGCCACCUCCGCCCUGGCCACUCCCACCAUCGUCCAGCGUGAUGCCGACGCCGUCAAGAGCGUCAUCGCCGGCAUCAGCGACAAGGUCGACUCUCUGUCCUCCGCCAUCGACGGCUACAGCGGUGGUGACCCCUCCAAGGUCGAGUCUGCCUCCGCGGACCUGAUCUCCACCAUCAAGAAGGGUGUCUCCUCCGUCGAGGGUGGCGACAAGCUCUCCUCCAGCGAUGCCCUGGCCCUAACCUCCCCCGUUCAGGACCUGACCGACAAGGUCGACUCCACCGUCGACAAGAUCAUCGACAAGAAGUCCAAGUUCGAGUCCGCCGGCGCCGCCACCAAGGUCAAGGAGUCGCUGAGCGCCCAGUACGACGCUGCCAGCAGCCUGGCUGACGCCAUCUCCGACAAGGUCCCCGAGGCCCUGUCCGAUGUCGCCAAGGAGCUCUCCGCCGGCAUCACCAAGGCAAUCCAGAAGGGCAUUGACGCCUACAAGGACGCCAAGGACUCCUCCUCCACCACCAAGAGCGCCUCUGCCUCUGCCACCGAGACCGCCUCCGAGACUGCCUCCGCCACCGAGUCCGGUGAGGCUUCCACCACCGAGUCCGGUGAGGCUUCCACCACCGCUGACAGCACCGGCACCACCUCCGCCCCUGUCAUCCCUCACCCCACCUCCUCCGGCGCUGCCAGCCCCUCCGCCACCCCUACCCCUACCGGUGGCUCUGGCUCCGGCGGCUCCGGCUCCGGCUCUGAUGGCUCCGGCUCUGGCUCCGGUUCCGAGUCCGGCCAGCCCCCUCUGGCCACCGGCGCUGCCAGCAGCAACCGCUUCAGCUACACCUUCGGUGGCGCUAUUGCCGCUGCUGCUAUUGCUGUUGCCAUCUAAGCGGAUUGGGAAUCAUCGGGGGUUAGUGAGGAUGGAAUGAAACGCUAGCCACGUCGUUGGCUACGGAUAACGAUGAGCGCCAUGACUACGCUUGAAACGAAUCAGGGAGGACGUUGAAAACUCUUGCUAUGGGCUUGCUCUCGCUGUAUAUUCUAUUCUACUUCCGACUCUUUUGUUGAAGUUGUAUCAGACUGCGGUCUGUAUAUAGUGUGCUUGUUUGUUUACAUAUUCUUAGUCUUAAUAAAGUGAUGCAAUGCCUUG